AUGCAUUCGACAGUGGGCGUUCUUCUGGCGGUGGUCCUGAGUGCGGUAUUCGCCGACGAGGUCGCCGAGCCGUUCUUCAACAAACGCGAAUUGGCGCCGUCGCUGGCUUUGGACAGACUAAACGCCCUUCGUGACAGCAUCGCGAAGCUUCAGAUGAUGAAUCAACGGGUCAAGUGUCAGCUUCGAGGUGGGCCUUGACUUGUGCGAAUUUCGGGCGAUUUCCUUUAGAAACACAAUAAAAUUCGAAUGGAAAAAGGUUACUACAGCUUUUUACAUAGGUUCUGAGCUUCUUUUUCGAAAAAUAACCCAAUUUACACGAUUCAGAAGAGUCUGAAUAGUCCUAGAAACUUGGAAAAGCGAGGCAAAAGUAGGAAAUUGAAAAAUGGAUUCAGAUUGUUUCAAAUUGUAACAAGUUGUGUAUUUUAGGCCCAGAUUGUUCAAAAUCACCAUUUUUUGAAUUUUCGAAGGAUCCGCGUUACAUUUCGAUCUGUCUUAAAUGAUCGAAUUGGCCUUGGAAAUGUUUAAAAAAAAAGUGUUUUUUUUUAAAUUAAGUUCAAUAUUUUUCCAGGCUUUUUCUCCAGAAAUAGGUUUUUCUAUAGCUGAUUCACGGCUGACUUGAGCCAUCGAAAAAUGGGUCCUGACACGAUAGUAAAAGAGAUAGUGCCUGGCUCGUGGAGAGCGCAGACAGGUCACGCCUCCUUAGCGUCCCAAGUUAGCCGUGAAUCGCGAUUUCGAGUAGACUGUCAGAAAAACGAGGAAAGGUCCUGAAACAACUUUCUAAGCCCCUAAUCUCCUCUUCAAGCCUUCUAGGAACAUUUCUGAAUUACAGAACGAAGCCGAACCAAGAGAAUGAUCAGUCCGGCGAUGAGACUCAGCGAAUUGCUCGACCCUCGGCUACAGCAGCAACUGGUCGCCGAUCCGCCAGUCGUCCUUCCCGAAGAAGAUCCCUGUCUCGACUACUAUUCAGCUUUUUAG